GAAAUCCUAUACGCGAAAGGCGCUAUGGUCCCUCUGCCCUAACUCCAAUGUUGAUGCUGAUGUAAUUACAGCAAUGACUUGCCACUUGACCCUGGACGAAAUUACGAGAGAUGCUGGCCGUGGGAGAAGAGUAUGUUUUCUGCCUUCUGAACUGCAGGAAAUGGUACUUAACUAUGGCAUGACACCGAAAAAGGCUUUAGAGUGUUACGGUACAAAGUUUCUCACAACAGCUCACACCUGCAGAAAGUUGUGUCUGCCAAUGAAGGAUAUCAUGCAUGGUGAUGACAUUCAUUGGUAUUUAGUAGUCAUCUUGAUGGAUGACAAGCAAGUUCAUAUCUUGGAUUCAUAUCCUUCUAAUGAGCGCCAAACACCUCGCAAAGAUGCAGUACAAACUAUGAUUGGAUUUCUCGAUGCCUUGUUCGAGGAUCUUUAUUUACAA